CUUCGAGCAGCACAAACUAGUUCUAUCAUUUCUAUAGCACUCUAGUGUCCUAGCUGAGGGCAAAGCAUCGGAUGUUUCUAAGUCAUCGUCCCAGAGACAACGAAAGCAACGGCAACAUUUAGGAUACUCUUGUGGACAUUGUCAAGCGUUUGCUCGUAGAGCCAACAAUUUAUAGGUAAUAUGGAGCCCGUGUCCGAGCCAGUGAUUGGCAUCGACCUUGGGACAUCUUACUGCUGUGUUGCUGUCUUUCAAGAUGGCAAGGUGGAAGUCGUUCCUAAUGAGACUGGUUCUCGAGUAACACCAUCUUUUGUUGCUUUCACCGAGCAGGAAUGUCUGGUCGGGGAGGCUGCAAAGAGGUACGGUCAAAAGAAUCCAGAGCAAUGCAUAUAUGAAGUAAAACGCCUGAUGGGUAGAGCGUUCAGGGAUACUGAUGUGCAACAGGACUCUAAGCAUUGGCCAUUCACGGUUGUAGAAGGGUCAUCAGGGGAGGCACUUGUGGAAGUUCCCAGACUGACUUCAAGCUAUCAACAGCAUGGUCAGCAUUUCAAGCCCGAGGAGAUCUCUGCAAUGUUGCUUAGGAGGAUGAAGAAGAUCGCGGAGGACUUCACCAAUUACCCUAGUAUAAGGAAUGCAGUGAUUACUGUUCCUGCCUAUUUUAAUGACAGUCAACGGCAGGCAACAAAGGACGCAGGUGAAAAUGCAGGGUUAAACGUGCUAAGGUUGAUGAAUGAACCGACUGCUGCAGCACUAGCUUACGGGCAUCAGCGCUUGAUAGGAAAGAAAUGUCAAAACAAGAGGAUCCUGCUGUUUGAUCUGGGGGGUGGAACUUUCGAUGUUUCCAUUAUCGCAGUGACAUCCGGUGUUGACAUUAUUUCCAAGUUUACGGUGAAUGGAGUGGCAGGUGAUCGCCAUCUGGGGGGAGCAGAUUUUGACAAUCGACUUGUCUGCCACUUGCUCGAUGAAUUCGAGAAGCAAACUGGGACCAACGUGGCACUGCGCAGCAAUCAGAAGACUUUGCUAAAGUUGAAAGGCGUGGCUGAGUCAGCAAAGCGUGGACUUUCCUCCAGUGUUUCAGCAGAUAUAGAUGUGGAGCGUGUGUACGAGGACAAAGAUCUGCACACGGAGUUAGGACGUGCAAAGUUUGAAUCACUUAUUGCAGACCUGCUGGCAAAGUGCAUGGCAGUGGUUCAAGAUGCGCUAAAUAUAGCUAAUGUUAGCAGAACGGACAUUGCAGAAGUUGUUCUCGUGGGCGGGUCCACACGGAUUCCCCGCGUGAAAGAAAUGCUGAAAGAAUUCUUUGGGAGACCACCUCUAGCGUGUGGGCAUGUGGACGAAGCUGUGGCCUAUGGGGCAGCGGUAAUGGCAGGAAUGCGGGCAAAUAGGUGUGAUGACCCCGGUAAUGGUCCACGAAUAUCAGUUGAGGAUGUUACAGCUCUGAGCAUUGGAGUGAAAUUGAACCUGGAUCAGAUGAAUGUGAUCAUACGAAGGAGCUCUCCCCUUCCUGCCCAAGGGUCCGAGUGCUUCUCAACGGCUGUGGACUACCAGACAAGUUUGUCAUUCUACUUGUACGAAGGAGAGCGUGCAAUGUGCAGUGAUAACCGUUUCCUGGGUGUGUUUCACCUCCAGGGUUUCACACCUGUCAGGGCAACGGGCAAGCCUGUUACCCGUCUCAUUCUGAAUGUGGAUGAAAAUGGGAUUCUUCAUGCCGCAGCUGAGGCAACGGAUAAUCACAUUCAGAUGGGCCUGACAGAAGGCAUUACAAUUGAUUGUGGACAUGGACAACUGAACAAGGAGAAAGCGCCAAUGAUUGUUCAAGAGGCACAGGCGUCAAAGAACAUGGAUGAUGCCAUCAGAGAGGCAUUUCGUGAACGGCGGAAGCUCCGGGCUUUAGCAAUUGAAAUGAGGAAGGACUUGCCAAAGAUCACGCCACCAAACAAGCGCAGACUUGUGACAAAAAGAGUUAACGAGGUGUUGACGUGGCUGGGUGCUGAAGAACGUGUGGCAACCAGUGACAUUUAUACAGGACAUCACAUAAUGCUUCUCACAGUCAAAGAUGCAGAGGGGAUUCCUGGAUGCUUUUGCAUGUAGUCUCUGCCCAUUCUCUGCUGAAUGAAUUUUGAGCUUCCCAUUUGAUC